AUGCCGGAUUGUGUAGAGCCCACAACGAGCUCAACCCAGGGGACGAAUGGGGGGCGAAUGGCUCUGCCCCUUUUUUCUUCUGUGGCUUAUUUCAUUAAUCUGCUGAGGCUUGUUUUGCCCAUGGCAGGUGGAGGAGUGCUCUCGGAUUAUUUGUGGAAUGGGCUAUUUAUUCCUCUCUCUCCCUCUCCCUUUUCUUUUUCUUGCUUUCCUUUUUCUCUCACGACGCCUCUGGGAGCAUGGCGUGAGACUGCUGGGGUCACUCUGCACACUCCGUAUUCCCUGAUGAGUGCUGUGGUGCUGGACGCAUUUGUGUUCCCCAUUGCGGGGAAAUUAGAAGUGGACACCCGCACAACAGUCCCGCGCGAUUUGGAAGCUGCGAAAUGUAUUUUUUGCCAAGGUUGA